CAGCUGCAGAGAGACCAGGGAGGAGAGGCAUCACUUCAUGAUGAAGCUGCUUUGCGGUUUUACUCUGUUGUUAACAGUUGCUCUUGCCUAUUACGUCUACAUCCCAUUGCCCAGGACAAUCUCUGAGCCAUGGAAACUGAUGGUGCUGGAUGCCACAUUCAGGGGAGUUGUGAAGAUGGGAGACAUCGCUCACUCACUGGGUUUAAGUCAUAGCGUCCAUGUUAUCAACUCUGCUAUAGUUGGCUUUGAGAGUUUGGUGCCAAUCACAAACCAGGAGAUCCAGACUGAAGAUGUCCUAUUUGAUGGAGUCCACGUGCGUGUGUAUUAUCCUCAGGGAGAGGAAGAAAAGCUGAGGAGAGCUGUCAUGUUCAUUCAUGGAGGUGGAUGGUCCUUGGGUGCUCCAAAGUUGGGGUCAUAUGACAGUCUCUGCAGGCAGAUGUCAGCUGAUCUGAAUGCAGUAGUAGUGACGGUGGACUAUCGGAUGGCUCCUGAUGUGCACUUUCCGGUGCAGUAUGAGGAGUGUGUGCAGGCAGCUAAACACCUCCUGAAGCCAGAGGUGCUGAAGCAGUACUCAGUGGAUCCUGAGCGAGUGGCCGUCUGCGGAGACAGUGCUGGAGGAAACCUGGCCGCUGCAGUGGCUCAGAGGAUUGGAACAGAAAACAGUACCUCAGCAAAAUUCAAGCUGCAGGUGUUGAUUUACCCAGUCCUUCAGGCACUCGACUUCAACACAGCUUCCUAUCAGCAGAACCAUAAUGUCCCCAUCCUAUACCGCAGACUAAUGGCUCGUUUCUGGUUGGAGUACCUGGGCGCUGACCCUGAACUUGCACACUCUAUUAUGAUGAACAACCACACAGCCCAAGACCAAAAUCUGUUGUCCCAGAAUCGUGCAAAGCUGGACUGGACCAAUCUUCUACCAAAAGAAAUAAGAAAACAUUUUAAACCUGUUUUUCCAGUGACUGGAUCUCCCAAUAUCUUAAGUGAUGUUCCAGGUUUACUGGAUUCCAGAGCCUCUCCGUUACUUGCGGAGGAUGAGGUUUUGCGUAUGGCGCCACGUGCUUAUAUUAUGACUGGUGAGCAUGAUGUUUUGAGGGAUGAUGGGAUGAUGUACGCCCGCAGGUUGGAGCUGGCAGGCGUCUCUGUCACUAAUGACCAUUAUCAAGAUGGAUUUCAUGGCUGUGUAAGCUUUGCUUUCUGGCCCUGCUACUUCUCUGUGGGAGUGAAUGCAGUGCAGAAUUAUAUCGCUUGGCUUGACAAACAUUUGUAGACCUAUAGGAAGAGACGAAUACUUUAAAAUGUGCAUAUUAGGGAUUUACACAUUGUGAUGAAUUCUUUCGCAACAUGACAUGAUUUGUAACAUUUAGUUAAGAAUUAAGUAUCUGAUGUUUUACUGUAUUAAAAGAAACUGCAUUGUCAUUUCCAAAUACUAACACAUUUCUGUUUUUUUAACUAAGGUACUAAAAACCAAAUGACAAGAAUUUUGUUUUAAAUAAUACUCUCUUUCUAACACCAUUAAUAUACACAAAUAUGUGCACACACCCUUUACGGUAAGCAGAAUGUUUUUGAAAGUGUUUAAAUUCAAAUGAUGGCUUAAUUGCUUUUGUGCUUGUCAUUACUAUCACCUAACAUGUUAACAAAUCAUGUCAUUUGUAACCAUGCAUUUCAUAAACCUUUGUAACACUUUCACUCCAGACUUGAUUUUACCAUAUGUCUAUUGCAAAACACUGUGAAUAAAGCAGGAAUUUAUUAAUGCUUCAGUGAUAAAAAUAAAAUUAAAUAUUGUCUAGUUUUAUCAAAUAUUUUAUAGCUAUAUAUAUAUAUAUAUAUUAUUUAGAGCUUAUAGCUCUACCAAAUAAACAAUGCAACAAA